GCAGUGGCGCGGUGUGGCCGCCUGGCGGCGCUGUGCUGCUCCGCAGAUGUCCGGGGAGGAGGCGGCCGCUGUGUCGCUUCCUCUUUCAGGCAGGAGGUUUGUGGCCGCAUGAUGGGGGCUCCGUCCGUCUCCGCGUUCUGCCCGCCCCGCGCCCUGUGCCCGGGCACCCAGUGACCGCAGCCUCCGGACAGCGCCCCCUCCUCCCUGCCGGGCACCAGCCGCUUCCCGUCAGCUCGGGGGGUGAUGCGGGUACGGGGGGCGCGCGGCGGGCAGGAUAUCCCGGGGCCCCCCUUCUCGUACCCCCCCGCCGCCCGGUUUGGUUUCUUCUUGAUACUUUGUAACUUUUUGUGGAACUUAUUGCCGCUUCUCUCCGCGCGGCGCCGCUGCUCUUCUCUGCGGUUUUCUCUGUGAUUUGUUUUCACUUUGUUUUUCUGAUUUAUUAAUAUUUUUAAAAAAAAUUUUGAGGGAUUUUUAUAUUUUACUUCUGGAUUACUUAUUUUUUUUAAAAACUUUCUGGCCAUGGCGUCGAGCUGCAGCGGAGCGCCAGCAGCAGGCACCGGGAACAUGGCGCUGCCCUGGUACCACCGGGAUCUGAGCCGGGCGGCUGCGGAGGAAUUAUUGGCCAAGGCCGGGAGAGACGGCAGCUUCCUGGUACGAGACAGCGAGAGCGUCACCGGGGCCUAUGCCCUCUGCGUCCUGUUCCAGAAGCACGUGCACACCUACCGGAUCCUGCCCGAUGAGGAGGACUACCUGGCUGUGCAGGUACCGCAGGACCUUGUCUACUGCCGGGGCCUGUCCCCCGGAGACCUCCUCUCUGCUCCCCAUCAUCCCUGCUCCAUGUCACAGAGACGUCUUAUGUGACAGAUAUCAGCUGCUGCACUUAGUGUCCAACUGCCACCGGCCCUUUAAACGUUCCCUUCAUGCUUGGCAGGCGGUGUGCGGGCCGCGGUCGUCACACACGUGUUGCGGCUCAUGUGACUUCUCUCAGGGAAGGAAAUGCUCAUAGUAAAUGACCGAUCGGCCCCCAAACUGGAGGUUCUGAUCCGUUCACUAUAUUGCCUCUUCGCACUGCAGGUUCUGAUCCGUGACGUCAUGUCGGGACUUUGACGAUGUAGGUACAACCGGAGGUAUCCGUGAUACGGGGCGAUUUCCCCCCCCA